GUCCGAGCCUGAGGAACCACAUUGUUUGAAACACGCGCUCCACCGGCAAAGAGUGUGCAGCUGACCGCUGUUCAGCUUUCGUACAUAGAACACGCAAUCCAGCCCUUUGUUCUACCGCCCACCACGUUUCUCCCUCGUGUUCCGCUCCGCGUUGUUUACCGACCGCCAUCGCUCCUGCCCCAGCUCCGUGCAGCUCUACAGCGACACAAGAGCUGGCUCAGUCUCCUACCCAAAGGCGGUGUCGCCUCACAGGUUGACAGGAUGUCAGGUCCUGCAGAGGGCAAGCAGGGCUUCCUCGCCGGCCUCUCGCCGUGGGGUUCGCGUGCAGCUACGCCGAAGCCUCCGCCAACACCAACGACCGUCGAGACAGACAGGACAAAAGGAAAGGAGAAGGAGCAAGAAACCAGCACCGGUGCACCUGGUACACAACGGGGUGGAGAUCAUGUCGUAGAUCGAAGGCACCGCCUGAGCCUGAAACGGUACCCCCGAGACUGCCCUUCGCUUGCGGUGAGGUGGUUUCACGCUGUGGAUCUCCCUAAAAGGAAACCAUUUUCAGAGCAUGCCAUCACGCCCGACAAGCCCCUUCCAAAGCCCAAGAAAUGGAUUCCCUUCAGCAAAAGCGACUCUCGCGCCAUCGAGACGGCCUUCCAGAAGACAUUCGACGAAGUUGGGGCUAUGGAACAGAGGAAAGAUGUUCUCAGUCCCGUGACGCCGGUGCAGGCGUCCAAAGAACCUCCGAAAACCACAAAGGUCCCCGUAAACGAAGACUAUCUCUUCGAUGUUGAGAUCGAGACCCGCGAGUUGGCACCCUCUUACUGGCUGGGUCCGGUCUAUGAUGUCAAACGAGGGACUUGGUUCACCACCAGUGGCGAGCCUGUUGACGAAGGCCUUGCCAUGCAGCUUGAGGAGGGCUACCUCAAAUGUAAGCCAUGGCGACUUGCCAAAUCGGAGGAGAAGAGGCCUGCCUCUCAGCCUCGUGCACGACCUGUGUCGCUCGGUGCAGGCGUCAGUGACGACUAUCGGAAGGAGCUCGGCCGACUCAACCGCGAUUCGACCUCAAACCCCGUCACUCCGAGAGGAUCUUUCGACAAUCUCCGUGGUGAAGUGGCUAAACAACAAGAUGACUUGAGCUCUGGCGAGAAAGCAGUAACGCCAAAUGCAUCUGCUGAGACCCCACGAACGCACAGACUCUUCGGCGCUCAUAUGAACUCGACGGUGACUUUCCAGGAUGAGGCAACUGCAUGGCUACUGACUGACGAUAUGUGGGCACGCAUGGGAAGUACUCUCUAUCAGCGCUUCGCUGGUGGAGCCCACUAUGCCGGCUACAAAUACGUUCGUGGUUAUACAGAUCCGGACGAGAAGAAGAAGUCGGCGGCUGCUGCCAAGGAUCCUAAAGGCAAGAAAGAGGGAGAGCGACCCUCCACGCCAUCACAGCAUCUGGCCUAUGGGUCUGAUAACGAGAAGCCCACUAACACUGGCUCUGGAGGCGGCUCUGACGCCGAGACCACGGAUAACGAGGGAGUAGAGUCGCCACAGGAGUCAAGACGACGUACCCUGGAGAGGCAGGUCUCGUCUUUAAUGACUUCAUCUCAGCCUGAUUACCAGGAGAAGCAAGAAGAGGAGGCGCGCAAGCGAGAGGAGAAGGAGAUGCGUGAAGAUUACAAAACACAAGACAAGCAAGAACAAGGCCGCGAGAUCGAACAUCUACUGCUGGUAACGCAUGGUAUAGGGCAACGUCUGGGUAUGCGCAUGGAGUCUAUCAACUUCAUCCAUGAUGUCAACACCAUGCGAAAAUCGUUCAAAUCUGUGUAUGCUAAUUCACCGGAUUUGCAGGCACUUAAUUCAGAGGUAGACUCCGAAACGAAGAAUAGUCGCAUUCAGGUUGUUCCCAUUGUCUGGCGUCACCUUCUUGACUUUCCCAAGCAGAGUCUCAGGCACAACCGCAAGGAGCACGACUUGGGUGAUCUUGACCACGAAGACCACGAGUUCCCAAGCCUUGAGGAUAUCACAGUCGACGGUGUACCUGCGGUGCGAAACUUCUUGACGGACCUUGCUCUGGAUAUCCUGCUGUACCAGAGUCCAGCGUACAAGGGCCACAUCUCUCGCAUCGUGGUGGCGGAGCUCAAUCGUAUCUACCGUCUGUUCAAGGACCGUAACCCCUCAUUCAAGGGCAGGGUUAGCUUAGUUGGCCACUCAUUGGGUUCGGCUAUCAUGUUUGACAUUCUCUGCAUCCAGCGUGAUGCUGCCAAAACCCGGACCGGAAAACAACGUCGCCUCACCGAGGAAGGACUGAAGCUCGAUUUUGAAGUUGAGGACUUCUACGCCCUGGGCUCACCAAUUGGACUCUUCCAGAUGCUGAAGGGUCGGACAAUCGCUGCUCGACCGGCCUCGGCAUUUGUUCCCCCAGAGACACCUGCGACCCCUCUAGACGACCCCUUCUCUCGCACGGCAGCCGAGCGCGACCAUACAUUCGAUAUCACAACCUCAGCUCCACUUUGCAAACAGACUUUCAACAUAUUCCACCCUUCCGAUCCAAUCAGCUACCGUAUCGAGCCAUUGAUUUCACCCGCCAUGGCCGGGUUGAAAGCGCAACCACUUCCCUACACUAAGAAGGGGAUCUUUGGCGCUCCAGCUUCACAAGGACUCACCGGAAUCGGCGCGCGUGUAGGACAAGGUGUCACGGAUUUCUGGUCAAGCAUCGGCUCAGGUAUCGCGUCUGGACUGCUAAACCGCAGUCUCGGCAUCAGUGGUACGGAACUUGGAGAUGGCGGUUCAGGUCAGCGCUCUUCGCGACCUCUCUCCGCUGCCCCAAGCACUGCGACCGUCCCAGGAACCAAUGAGCCAGUGUCUGCAUUCAUAUCUGAGGAGCGCAGGCGACGUCUCGGAAAUGAACAGAUCACCACAGGCGAAGAUGGCGAACACCCUCCUACGCUUAUUGAAUCUGAGAUCGAGACCUUGUAUUCUGGUUUCGAGAAGGGACGCCAGAGCAGCAGAGCCGAAGACAUAGAUAAGGUGGAGAAAGAUCUCGAGUGGCAGGAGCUGGAAGAGCGAAGCAGAAAAUUGAAAAAAGAGGAGCAGAAAGUAAGGGCGCUCAACAGCAACGGAAGAGUGGAUUAUAGCAUUCAGGAGGGCGCCUUCGACAUCUCUCUUCUCGCUAGCAUUGCAAGCCAUCUUGCAUACUGGGCCGAUGAGGACGUUUCUCACUUCAUGAUCUCACAGCUUCUAGCAAGACACCGCGUCUUCAAAGAGAAGCACGCCAGCGGGCAAUAGAGCUGAUACUAUUUGACACAAUAUGGCAUGGCGCGGCGUUCUGAAGUUUGAUAGAUACUAUACCCUGACAGAUUAUCAAUAUAGACAUUUCUGCUCUUCCG